AUGGUACCACGAUCGGAAGUGUACCUGUCAUGUGUGCUUGAAUAUCAUCUUGCUAAUCAUUCUGGUUCUUCCAGCUGUUAUUCAUGCUAUUUGGUACUGCUAUAUGCGCAAUAA